AUGCGAGAAGUCAUCAGCUUGAAUGUCGGCCAGGCCGGUUGCCAAAUUGCAAACUCUUGCUGGGAGCUCUACUGUCUUGAGCAUGGCAUUCAGCCUGAUGGAUACCUGACCGAAGAGCGCAAAGCAGCCGAUCCGGAUCAGGGGUUCAGCACUUUCUUCUCAGAGACUGGCAACGGCAAAUAUGUCCCCCGAACGAUUUAUUGCGAUCUUGAACCAAAUGUGGUAGACGAAGUUCGCACUGGCACCUAUCGCAGUCUUUUCCACCCAGAACAAAUGAUCACCGGGAAGGAAGAUGCGUCCAACAACUAUGCACGUGGUCAUUACACAGUUGGCAAAGAGCUCAUUGACCAGGUUCUUGACAAGGUCCGCCAUGUCGCAGACAAUUGCUCCGGCCUUCAAGGCUUUCUGGUCUUCCACUCCUUCGGCGGUGGCACUGGCUCAGGUUUCGGAGCUUUGCUUAUGGAACGCUUGUCUGUCGACUAUGGGAAGAAAUGCAAGCUUGAAUUCUGCGUCUACCCCGCUCCUCAGCUCGCUACUUCUGUCGUUGAGCCCUACAACUCAAUCCUCACGACUCACACCACUCUGGAGCACUCAGACUGCAGUUUCAUGGUCGACAAUGAGGCUAUCUUCGAUAUCUGCCGACGCAACUUGAGCAUUGAGAGACCCAAUUAUGAGAACCUCAACCGUUUGAUUGCGCAAGUUGUGUCAUCCAUCACUGCCUCCCUCCGAUUCGAUGGAUCCCUCAAUGUCGAUCUUGCAGAGUUCCAAACCAAUUUGGUUCCCUACCCACGUAUCCAUUUCCCACUCGUCGCAUACGCCCCUGUUGUCUCUGCCUCCAAGGCCUCGCAUGAAGCCAAUUCUGUUCAGGAGAUUUCAAUGUCCUGCUUCGAGCCCAACAACCAGAUGGUCAAAUGUGAUCCUCGUAACGGCAAAUACAUGGCAACCUGCUUGCUCUACCGUGGCGAUGUUGUUCCGAAAGAUGUCCACGGUGCUGUUGCCACCUUGAAGACCAAGCGGACUAUCCAGUUCGUCGACUGGUGCCCUACGGGUUUCAAAAUUGGUAUCUGCUAUCAGCCCCCUCAGAUGGUGCCCAAUGGUGAUCUGGCUAAGGUCAAUCGCGCUGUCUGCAUGUUGUCCAACACCACUGCAAUCGCUGAAGCUUGGUCUGCGCUCUCUCACAAGUUCGAUCUCAUGUACUCCAAGCGUGCAUUCGUUCACUGGUACGUUGGUGAGGGCAUGGAGGAGGGUGAGUUCUCUGAGGCUCGUGAAGAUCUUGCAGCUCUUGAGCGUGACUAUGAAGAGGUUGCAAGCGACUCUGUUGAGGAGGGUGAUGGUGCUGAAGCCGAAUACUAA